GAGAGGGGUGUGCGAGUGACUCGAACCCCGGGCCACGCCCCCUCACCCUGAGGUGACUGCGCGAGGGUGGGAGGCAGGCAGGCAAGCCGGCGUAUGUACGCGUGGGCUAUGUGUGCGCGCGCGGGGUGCUCGCGCCACUACCGCGGUUGUCUCGCGCGCGCCCUGACGAAGCGAGAAGGAGGGAGGGGGGAGAGAGAGAGAGAGAAACGCGGCGAGAACCGCCUCGCGCACCCUUACGGGCCAAACAGGGCCCCUCAGACGGAUACGGAAUCUCGCAGUAGCAACUGAGGCGGUCGGAGGAGUAGCGGCGGCGGCGGCGGCAGCAGAGUAGCAGUAGUAGCAGCAGCAGCCGCAGCGUGAUGGCGGCAGCGUUGAAACGGGAACCGACUCCUCGUCUCUCUGGCUUUUCUUUCGCUGAACCCCAGAGCCCAAGGACGGCGGCGUUGAUGGCAGCCCCUUGUCUCGGAGCGGCGUUGCGGUUACUCGUCGCGGUGCUUCUGAACGCGGCCCGGGCCGAGAAAGAAGCUUUUAUCCAAUCAGAUAGCAUAAUAGAAGUACUGCGCUUUGAUGAAGGAGGUUUAUUACAGACUGAGACAGCUAUUGGCCUCAGUUCGUACCAACAGAAAAGUGUAUCUAUGUAUCGAGGGAAUUGUAGACCUAUUCGGUUUGAACCACCGAUGCUCGAUUUCCAUGAACAGCCAGUUGGGAUGCCAAAAAUGGAAAAAGUUUUCUUACAUAAUCCCAGUACAGAAGAAACUAUUAUAUUAGUAUCGAUAUCUGCAACAACCUCACAUUUUCAUGCAUCUUUUUUUCAAAACAGGAAAAUCCUUCCAGGAGGGAACACAUCAUUUGAUGUAGUUUUUCUUGCAAGAAUGGUGGGAAAUGUAGAAAACACAUUAUUUAUUAAUACAUCUAAUCAUGGAGUAUUUACUUAUCAGGUGUUUGGUGUAGGAGUACCAAACCCCUACAGGCUACGUCCUUUUAUUGGGGCAAAAGUUCCUGUGAAUAGCAGUUUUUCUCCUAUAAUAAAUAUACACAACCCCCAUAGUGAACCUUUGCAGGUAGUAGAAAUGUAUUCAAGUGGAGGUGAUCUCCACCUAGAGCUUCCGACUGGGCAACAAGGGGGCACAAGAAAAUUAUGGGAAAUCCCCCCUUAUGAAACAAAAGGAGUUAUGAGAGCCAGUUUUUCUUCAAGAGAAGCAGAUAAUUACACAGCCUUCAUUCGAAUAAAAACAAAUGCUUCAGAUAGCACAGAAUUCAUUAUUCUUCCAGUAGAGGUAGAAGUCACAACAGCCCCAGGAAUUUAUUCAUCAACAGAAAUGCUAGAUUUUGGUACAUUAAGAACACAAGAUUUGCCAAAAAUUUUAAAUCUACACUUGUUAAAUUCAGGAACAAAGGACGUGCCGAUAACAAGUGUUAGACCAACACCACAAAAUGAAGCUAUCACGGUACAUUUCAAGCCAAUUACAUUGCGAGCUUCUGAAAGUAAAUAUACCAAAGUUGCAAGUAUUAGUUUUGAUGCAUCAAAAGCAAAACGACCUUCACAGUUUUCAGGAAAAAUAACAGUUAAAGCAAAGGAGAAGAGUUACUCAAAACUUGAAAUUCCAUAUCAAGCAGAAGUAUUAGAUGGAUACCUAGGAUUUGAUCAUGCAGCUACCUUGUUUCAUAUACAUGACAGUCCAGCAGACUCUGUGGAAAGACCAAUCUAUUUAACAAAUACAUUCAAUUUUGCAGUCUUUGUUCAUGAUAUAGUUCUACCAGAAGAACUCAAAGCAAUAUUUAAAGUUCACAACUUCAGCAAACCAGUCUUAAUUCCACCAAAUGAAUCCAGAUAUAUUUUCACACUUUAUUUUGUGGCUUCUUUGUCAUCUCUUCACAUUGAUGACAAUAUUUUACUCAUUACUAAUGCCUCCAAAUUUCAUCUACCUGUGAGAGUUUACACUGGAUUUUUAGAUUAUUUUGUGUUAUCCCCAAAACAUGAUGAACAGAUAAUAGAUUUUGGUAUACUGAGUGCUACAGAAACUAGUAGCAUUCUGUUAGCAAUCAUAAACAGCAAUCCAAUUCAGCUUGCUAUAAAAAGCUGGCAUGUCAUAGGUGAUGGUUUGACCAUAGAACUCCUAGCUGCUGAAAAAGGUAACAGAACUACAAUUAUUGCAAGUCUUCCAGAUUUGGAAAAAGCCAGUGCGUUGGAUCAAACUUCAGUAACAUUAAUGCCUGGUUCAUACACUGUAUUCAGAGUACAGUUAUUGCCAAAAGAACUUGAAGGGAUUCAUGAUGGGGCUGUACAAAUCACAACAGAUUAUGAGAUCUUAACAAUUCCUGUGAAGGCUAUAAUUGCUGUAGGCUCAUUGACAUGCUCCCCGAAACACAUUCUUCUUCCACCUUCCUUUCCCGGCAAGAUAGUUCAUCAGAGUUUAAGUAUUAUGAGCUCUUUCUCACAGAAGGUGAAAAUACAGCAAAUCCGCUCACUGUCAGAAGAUAUUCGGUUUUAUUACAAAAGAUUACGAAGUAACAAGGAAGAUUUGGAACCAGGAAAAAAAUCAAAGGUAGCAAAUAUUUAUUUUGAUCCUGGUUUACAAUGUGGAAAUCAUUGUUAUGUGGGAUUACCUUUUCUGAGCAAAUCUGAAUCAAAGUUACAACACAGUAUAUCUAUGCAAGAGGAUGCAUGGGAUUCAGAUUGGGACUUACAUGAUAAUUUAUUCAAAGAAUGGAUUGGAAUAAAAGAUCAUUCAGGAAGUCGGUUAAAUGCAAUAUUUGAAGUGGACACAGAUCUUCAGAAAGCUGUUGCAUCCAGAAUCACAGCAGAAUUGGCCUGGCCCUCUUUACUUGUCUCAUCACGACAUUUGGAUUUUUCACUUACCAACACAAACAGUUCAUCUGAAGAAGAAAUUCUACUAGAAAAUCCUGCAGAUGUUCCUGUUUUUGUUCAGUUUCUUCCAAUAUCACUGUAUUCCAAUCCCUCAGUCUUUGUAGACAAGUUGCUAGACCGAUUCAACUUGAGUAAGCCAGCAAACUUCAAUUUGAGGUCUCUAGAAUUUCAGGUAUCUAGGAACUGUGGUCAGGGAUUGCAGAGCUCUACAGGAUUUACAGAAGGGUUGUCGCGGCAAUCAGUUUUAAAUGUAAUUUUAAAGCCUGGAGAAAGAAAAUCAGUAAAAGUAAAAUUUACUCCAAUCCUUAAUAAAACAGUUUCAUCAUUAAUAAUUAUCAGAAAUAAUCUGACAGUAAUCGAAGCUCUGAUGGUGAAAGGGCAAGGAACAACUGAGAGCAUGAGGAUUGCAGGCAAACUGUCUGGACUGGGAAGUUCUUUACGGUUUAAAAUCACUGAAGCAUUAUUAAAAGACUGUACUGAAAAAAUUAAAUUAAAGGAACCAAAUUUUACUUUGAAAAGAACAUUCAAAGUGGAGAAUACAGGGCAGCUUCAACUUAAUAUAAAAUCCCAGGAAAUCAGUGGAUAUUCGUGUGAAGGAUAUGGAUUUAAAGUAGUUAACUGUCAAGAAUUUGCACUAAACGCCAAUGCCUCUAAAGACUUAGUCAUAUUGUUUACACCAGAUUUCACUACUUCCAGAGUUAUUCGUGAACUGAAGUUAACCACAGCAGGAGGCUCUGAAUUUAUAUUCACAUUAAAUGCAUCCCUUCCCUAUCAUAUGUUAGCAACUUGUGCAGAAGCCUUACCCAGACCUAACUGGGAACUGGCACUGUACGUAGUUGUCUCAGGAAUAAUGAGUGUGCUCUUCCUUUUGGUAAUUGGAACAGCCUACUUAGAAGCUCAAGGAAUUUGGGAGCCAUUCAGAAGACGACUGUCCUUUGAGGCAUCCAAUCCUCCCUUUGAUAUGGGAAGGCCAUUUGAUCUCAGGAGAAUAGUUGGAAUUUCAUCUGAUGGAAAUUUGAAUGCACUUGGAUCAGAUUCUAACCACAGCUCUUCCAGAGGAAUCUAUGGAUCAGGAGGUUCCUCAUCACGUUCUACUGCAGGAAGUCAUAAGCAAUGCAACUCAACAGUAACCCUACACAGCAAUAGACAUUCAGCAGAAAUUGAGAAUGUGAAGUUUAAAAGCAAUUCAAAUAUUUCUAAUAGGACUUCUGUGCAGACAGGGUCAGCAAACAGAGCAAAUUCUCUCUUCUUGGACUCCAGUGGUGCAGCUCAGAACCAUGUAGCAAACAGAAGGUCCAGGGGUACAAAACAAAAUCUGCAGUCAAACCAGCAGCAUGCUCCAGUUUUAUUAGAGCAACCCUUAUCACAGCUACCAGUGGUACCUCAGCAGCAAGAGCAGCAGAAUGAAGAUUCCCUGCCACAGUCACUGCAUCCUCCUUCCCAUUCAGAAUGUGCCGGAAACACAAGGCACAGCUCAGAGGACUCUGAUAUAGCUACUCUGAUAGAAACCAUGGACAAAGACUUUGAUCACCCAGAAUCCCCUUCUCCAGAUGUAUUUACAGAGCACCCCCCAUCUCCAGUAGCAAAAAACAAAGAAGCUGCUUUUCGCACCCUAGGGAAAGGGAAACAAUUUCAGCGCAAGCCUAAACCCCAGAAGAGAAGGGAAGAAAAAGAGCGAAGAACAAGGGGAAAGCAACAAGAAGAAGAACUGAAAGAUUCCCUAGCAGAUGAUGAUAGUUCUUCAACUACCACAGAAACUUCCAACCCAGACACAGAAGCACUUCUGAAAGAGGAACCAGAAAAGCAAAAGGGAAGACAACCAAUAUCAGAAAAACAAGAGAAUGAAACGCAAGUAAAACAGAAAAGCAAAAAACUACCAGUUAUCAAGAAAGAGAUCCCAACAGAUGUGAAAUCCAGUUCUCUUGAGAUGUCAUGUCCUUCACCACUGGAAAUUAAGCAGCACAAAGGUUUUUCCUCUAAGCUUUCAGCUCAGCAUACAUUCACAAAUGGAUUCAAACCAAGAAACUCCCAGAAAGCGAAAGGUAUGAACACAAAGCUGUUGGAUAGCAGACCAUCAUCAAUGGCUAAGUUCUUCUCCAGUGCCUCUGGUCAGGAGUUGGGGAAUACUAGCAGCUCAGAAGGGGAAAAAGACUCUCCACCACCAGAGUGGGACUCUGUGCCAAUUCAUAAGGCAGGCAGCUCUACUGACAACCUUUAUAAGCUAUCCCUGCAAACCCUCAGUGCAGAUGCUUUUCUGAAGCAACGACAGACCUCGCCAAUUCCUGCCUCUCCGUCUCCACCCCCUGCACAAUUAGCCUUUGUUCCACGGAACACUUACAGCAGUAUUGUGAACAAUUGCAAUGAACCGAAAAACAAAUUGCUCAGUGGUGCUAAACAUAAAGUGGCAAAGGCAGCCUCUCUCCCUGGCAGGAAUGGAAAUCCGACUUUUGCUGCUGUAGCUGCUGGUUAUGACAAAAGCCCAGGUGGUAGUGGCCCAGCAAAGCCUUCACCAGUUAAAACUGAGACCUCUGGUUGUAUGAACAUUUCACACACAGCUGUUGACAGUGAUGGCUCUGACAGUUCGGGUUUGUGGAGUCCUAUAAGCAAUCCGAGCAGCCCAGACUUCACACCUGUCAAUUCUUUUUCAGCAUUUGGAAACUCUUUUAAUCUAACUGGAGAAGUUUUCAGCAAACUUGGGCUAUCAUCAUCUGCAUAUGGGCAAGAUGCUCAGCGAAACUGGAGUGAGUUUACUAGUGUUCCUUCAUCUAUCUGGGACUCUUCAGCUACAGAUGUGAUACCUCCCUGGCCCACAAGUUCAGGAUCCCCUACUCACACAACUUCAUCUAUCCUUGGCAACCCAAAUGGCCUGUGGUCUACCACCACCACUCCAUUCAGCAGUUCUAUUUGGUCAAGUAAUUUGAACAACUCCCUUCCUUUCAACACUCCAUCUAACACAUUGCCAGGGCUUGAUCUUGGGAAUGAAAGUACCCCUCCACCACCUGCAGUUGCCCCAACGGUGAACAGCCCUGAAGACUUGGGACAAGCGUAUAAUCCUUGGCUAAUUUGGAGCCCUGCAAUUGGGAGAAGAAGCUCAGAUCCUUGGCCUAAUGUGCAUUACCCACCUGAAAACUGAAAUUCAGCAAAACCAAAUGAUAGUUGUCCAGAUCUGAUCAUGGUAAAUUCUGUAACACAUCUGGAAUGUAAUUUGCAAGCCAUUUGCUGCCACCACCACCCUUGCUCCUGUCCCCAUCAGCCACGCCAUUAAAAUCUAGUCAUAUUUUCAUCACUUGCUUCUCUUAAAGUCUUGCAAUUAUGGUAGUAUGAAAUUGCUGGCCAACUUGGAAAACCUGAGAUAUGUGGUCAAAUAUUUUUCAUCAGUGACCACACCCUUGGUAUUUUACCAUCUGCCCUUGUAGUUUUUUUAAAAACCUGGUAAAUUCCAAAGUUCAGUGAUUUUUUAAAUUACCAUGGUUUUACCUCCCCUAGUAUUAUGCUCUCAAACAUAAAUUUUAAAGAGCACCUUGUGCUAAAAAUGCAGAAUAUUUUUUUAAAAAUAAGGUCUUUGUCAUGGGCUCAAUGAAUGUAAAAACAUUAGGAGAAAAAAAUGCUGAAUAUAAGAGCAUUCUGUUCAAAGUAUACAUUUUAUGUGCUGUUUGUACAUUUGUAAACCUGAAUGCAUUUUUAAGUUGAACUGAAAUGUGCAUAGCCAAUUCCUUGUGCUUUUCUUACCAAUACAACUUUGAGUUGUAUUUGAAAAAUAAAACAGUGCUUUUUUUCA